GGAUAUAGGUUGCCCACGGUGGUCUAGUGACUUUGGAAUUACGAAAAAAAUAGUAGGGGAGACUUGGUCCCCGAAACUACAAAGUUAUUUAAAAUAGAUAUUGAAAUAUAAAUUCUAAUUCUAAUAAGUUGUCAAAAUUAUUGCGAUUAAAUCCAUUUAGGAAAGUUAUUUGUCAUUUAUUGAUAGUUAAUUAUGGGUUUAUCAUUCACGUGACCAAGUCUCCUCUUCUCUCCUAGGAUCAAGUCUCCCUAGUCUCCCAUACUUAUGUAGGUAUAAAGAUUAAUUUUCAUAACUAACUAAUAGUAAAACUCUAUGGUGGUAUUGUAGACUUGUAGAUUAUAGAGGAAAGAUUUUCGUAUGAGUCCUAUAUUUCAGUUAUCUGUUUGCCUUUUAUCUUAUCGUUGUUAUCAAUGGGUGUGUUUAAUAUUUCACAGGUUUACUUUCUGUGUUUCUCGCCUUGAAACAAAACAUAGUUUGGUUUGCACAGUUUGCACACUAAAAAGCCGUGACUGAAGUUGUUUUGGUAAAUAAGAUGUUUAAAUGUGGGAUGUGAAUAUAUAAAGUUGAUGAACAGUGUUAAAUAUCUUAUAUUUGGUAAUGCUUCACAAUGGUAACAUGCAAGUUGGACAGCGAGGUAUCGGGUGAGCUUCUGGGUUGGGAGUUGCCGAAAUGGACAGCACUCCUCUUGCAUCGAGUCUUGCCUUCUUGUGCAGGUCUAGUUGUCUACCUCACACUGAUUUGCUUCGAUAUUGCUCUUGUUUGCGAACAUUUCCUGAGCAACGAUCGUGGAAUCGGGAUUUUCCUGAUUAUUUUAAUGGUGUUGCCUGCCUUGUUAAGCUUGGUGUUUACAUUAGCAUCACCACCUCCAGGACUUCAGACAGAAGACUCGGCUGUUUCUAUUGAGCUAAAGCAAAAUGAUUUAAAAUGGAUAUUCAUGCAGAUUGGAAACUUUAUAUUAUUUCCGAUUGCUGCAAUUGGCAGAUACUGCCACCAAGUGUUCUGGUGGGUGGAAGCAGUUUGUGCAGCUCGAGAUGAAAACGAUGAACGUACCAGACACGCCAUACAAAUAGCAAAGGCUCCUUCCCCGAUGGAGCUAUAUUUGUUCCUUCAGGCAUUCAUUCAUUCAGCUCCACAUAUCAUUGUGAACGUUUUGGACAUGAUGAACCAUUAUUCUGAUCCUAAAUUCGAAAAAUUCUCCUUAGUAUGGGUGAGUGUAGUGAUGUCUUCAUUCCGGAUGGCUAGCACGGCCACUGUAUAUAGAAGAUUUGAACGCGAAAAAAUUUGUGGUCGCCAUUAUCCAUGGAAGACUUAUUCGGAAGAACUGGAAAACUCUGCAAAUGAAAAAACCGAAUUGGUUAACAAAAUUGAAGAACAGAAACAAGAAAGGGAAGAGGACCAUAUCUACGAAACAUUAUCGCCACUUCAUCGAACGUCUGUAAUAUCACAAAGGUCGAACCAAAGUAGAAGUAAGGCUACGAGUGAUAUGAUUCAGUUUUCACCGCGUUCUAAUGUUACUGAACCGUUUUUCGAUGAUGAGGGAUGUUGUUCCGAUUCGAGUUCCGAAUAUUUACCACCAAUACCUGUAGGCCAAGCAUCACGUAGAACUUCUUCAUUAAACAGCGUAGAUGAGUAUGUGAGGCCAGUAUCUAUAAUUGACAGAGUCGCACCUCGUCGUCGAGAUACACAGUACACUAUACAAGAAGUGUACGUACCUCCGCCACCGGCUAUGCCUGCUCCUAGACCAGGCACUCUCUCAAUGUGGGCCGAAAAGUUAGUCGAGAAUGCGGAAUCUAUACCAACCUGGUUAUCAGCUCCUCCUCGACGGAGACACGUCGAGGUAAUUAAAGACGAGCCUGACGUACCACGCCAUGUCCCUGGGCCUCUCAUCAUGCGGGGUCUCGAACCUCAAGACGCAUCGGCUGCACUAGUCCAUUUCCUAGGCUGGCACAUGUUCUUUAUCUCCCGAUUGCUCUCUAUCGCAGCUUUCAUAAACUUUUUUCCUUUUGCUGCGAUCAUAGUUCUUUUUUCGCAUUAUCAAAUAAUUUUACUUCUUUUAAUAGUCCCUCAAGCUAGUACAGUAAAAAGAGGGUUUUACAUAUUUCUAGCUUUUAUUUAUUUAGUUUGUUUAAUGGAAUUUAAAAUUCGCUUCCGUCACGUGCGUGUAUGGCACGUGUUUUGGAUCAUAGUGUGUACUAUAGAAAUUGUGAUAUUCACGGGUUUGUGGGCCGGGAUAAAUAAUAAAUUAAAUGAUUGGUGGCGUGACUUUAUCAUAAAGAUAAUAUUCGGUAGCAUGCUGCUCAGUUUCAUGUGUUUUCUCGUGUAUUUUGUAUUAUUGAAACCUAGAGAAACUGUUGUAUAUGUAAAAAAUAAGAGUAACGUUGAACCUUAAUACUAUUAACACGGAUUAAGUUAUCAACACCGCUACAAUGGUUAUUACAACUGUUCUAGGGUUCACUGACAUAUUGACAUCCGCGAGAAGUUCAACUCCUCUCAAUCCCAUCGUGUAAACUACAGGAAAUUAAAGCCCACUCGGGGAGCGCCAGCCGGCCACAUCCGUUUAGAAACACCUACCUAGAACGCACACUGAAAAUAAACCUUCUUUUGAAUCAAUAAUUUAGCCCGAUUUAUAAUACGAUUGUUUGGAUUAAACGUCGUCCUUGAAUUCAUUCUCUGAAUAUAACGAGGAACAACUCGACCAAAUGGUUAAUAAAAACAUUCCGUUUCCCCCGAAGUCGUCCUAUCCUAAAUUAUAUAAAUAACUCCUAAAAAAAAGUCUUCCAAUUUGCACGGUAUGCAAACUGGCAUGACUCAAAUUAUAUCAGUUAAGAGGAUCUCCCAUCUAAUAGGCGUAGAUACCUGCCUCAUUAAAUUUAAGUAGGUUGGUAGUAUAAAAUAUGCACUAUGAAGCGGUGUGGUUAUGCGGCUCACCGUAGACCUACCUUUGUGGCUACCACCAGUUCAGCACUGACAUAAACGCUAUCGAGAACGUAACUUACUUUCUAUGCAUCGCGCUCGUACUCGCAUAUAAGUGCCAGAGAGAUGUAUAGAAAGUAAAUUACGUUCCCGAUAGCUUAUAUGUGAGUUUUGACAUUUUCAGGGACUUAUGGUACGGGUACUUGUUCAGCGUUUGAACGCAACUUGAAAUUAAGUAGCAAAUAAUGCGAUUACUGUUUAAAAAAAAUCUUAAUAAGUAUCAUAAUUAAUAUACGUUCACACAAAUGGUUUUAAUUAUAUCGAGCCGCUCUACUUGACACCUGCGAAGAUUGCAGAGGUUUCUCUUUAGUCUCUGCCAGUCAGUAUUACAUUCACAUUUUAAAUUAAAAUAAGUUUGUAAUAUCCUUUUUUAUUAAGUUAUUUUACUGUCUAUAAGUAUAAAUAUACAUUUUUUCAA